AAUACGAAAACCUGGUGCUUGUGAUCGAAGCUAGCUUCCUGCGUGUUUAUAAAUAGAUCAGUGUUGGAAUAAGGAUGGUGUCGAAUAUAUUAUGAUAUACAUACAGUGGUUUUUGAGUUAAGAAAUGCAAUUUAACAGCAAUGAUUUCGUCCGUGAGACAUGGGAGGAUAUCAAGUCGCCGACGACGUCUGCGUUCACGUCAAAAAUGGCCCAGUGUCGACAUUCUGUGUCAUCUCUUGAAGAGACGCUGGACUUGGAUAGAAGUGGGCUAACUAAGAUGAAAAAAUCAGUGAAGGCUCUCUACAAUUCUGGCGUCACCCAUGUUGCAAAUGAAGCUUACCUAUCAGAGAAUCUGGAAAGACUGGGCAACAUCGCCAAAACACGGGAACAAGAAUCAGAAAUAUGUGCUGCUUUUGUGAAAUUUUCUCAUGUUACAAAAGAACUCUCUGCCAUGAUGAAAAACCUGAUGCAAAGUUUGAAUAACAUAGUACUCUAUCCUUUGGAUGCUUUUCUUAAAGGAGAAUUAAAAGGUGUAAAAGGCGAUUUAAAGAAACCAUUUGAUAAAGCAUGGAAAGACUAUGAAACAAAAUUUUCAAAAAUAGAAAAGGAAAAGAAACAACAAGCGAAAGAGGCGGGUAUGAUUAGAACUGAGGUAUCUGGAGCAGAAAUUGCUGACGAAAUGGAAAAAGAAAGAAAAAUGUUUCAGCUACAGAUGUGCGAGUAUUUAAUUAAAGUGAAUGAGAUAAAAACAAAGAAAGGAGUAGAUUUGCUACAGUAUUUAGUGGAAUAUUAUCAAGCUCAAUCCAAUUUCUUUCAAGAUGGUCUGAAGACAAUCACACAUUUCCAUAGUUUUAUAGAUGGACUGGUGCAUCAGCUACAUGCAAUAAAAAAUCGCCAAGACAAAGAACGUAAACAGCUCAUGGAAUUACGUGAUUCUUUAAAAAGCAAUAUGACCAUCAAAGAGCACGCACCUAAUAGAUUGUCAGGAGGCUGGCCAGCAGCAAAUGCAGCUCCAUCUGGCUACAGUCUUCAUCAAUUACAAGGAAACAAAGCUCAUGGAAGCGAGAAAAAUGGUUAUUUAUUAAAGAAAUCGGAAGGAAGAAUGAGAAGAGUUUGGCAGAAAAGAAAAUGUGGUAUUAAUAAUGGAAUAAUGUCAAUAAGUCAUCAAGAUGAAAAUAAAGAUCCUGUGAGAUUGAAUUUGUUAACUUGUCAAGUAAAGUUGGUGCAUGAUGAUCCUGGUAAAAAAUGCUUUGAUUUAGUUUCUUCUUCAAAUAAUCGAACUUACCAUUUACAAGGUGAUGAUUCAAAAGAUAUGGAAGAGUGGAUAUCAGUAUUAAAUAAUGCAAAAGAAGAUGUAUUAUUAAAAGCGUUUCAAGAUAGUGCUAAUUCUACAUCAAUGAAUCAGAGUGUUAGAGAACUUACUACCAGUAUUUUAGAUCGUGUUCGACGACUACCAGGAAAUAAAUUCUGCUGUGAUUGCGGCUGUCCUGAUCCUGAAUGGCUGUCGACUAAUUUAGGUGUUAUAAUAUGUUUGGAGUGUUGUGGUAUUCACCGAGAAUUAGGCGUUCACAUCUCUCGGACACAAAGUAUUGUUAUAGAUGACUUAUGUACAUCCCAGUUAUUGUUAUCACGUGUUGUUGGAAACACUUCAUUUAAUGACAUCAUGGAAGCUACAUUAGACCCUUCCUUAAAACCUAAAUCAUCUAGUCCUAUGGAAGAAAAACGAGAUUUUAUUCGUUCAAAAUAUGAACAACAUCGGUUUGCUAUAAUAACUUGUACAGAUAAAGAAGAGUUAAAACAAGAUCUUAAACAGGCUAUUUUAUCUAAAGAUAUAUUUGCUCUUUUGCAAGUUUAUGCAGAAGGCUUGGAUCUAAUGACAACAUUACCAGAAUCAGAUAAUGAAACAGCGUUACAUCUGGCCAUUAAAGAAGAAGAUGGCACAUCUUUACCAUUAGUAGAUUUUAUAGUACAAAAUAGUGCAAUAGGUUCAUUAGAUAAGAAGACAACUGACGGUAAUACUGCAUUACAUAUGUGUGUUGAAUUAAACCAAACAGAAUGUAUGAAAUUAUUGUUACGUACACGGCCUGAUCUAGCCAACAUUGAAAAUAAACAUGGGAAAACACCCCUUAAUGUAGCUCAAGAUAUGAAUCAUCAACGCUGUAUAGAACUGUUGAAGAGUGCUGCUACAGGAAAGAAAGAUUUGUAUGCCCAUGUCAAUAUAGAUUGGGAUCUUAUAUCGGAUGAGAGAAUGUAUGAUUUUGGUGAAUUCAGUGAUGAUGAACUUGAUGGCACACCUGAUAAAUCUAAACCCAGGUCACGACCUCCAAGUCUCAUCAUGAUUCCAGAGAUGACGAGUUUGAGUGGUAAGGAAGGAAAUUAUGCGAUGCGAGAUAGAACAGAUUCUGAAAGUAGCAGCAGACACCCUCCUGUACCACCACCUGCACAAAACAAGCCAAAAAAAUAUAUAACCAUUCCUAGUCAACAUCGCGCCAGUCUUAAUAAUAAUAAAUACAAAUCAGAAAACCAUUCACAGCAUGUACCAGGUCUCAAUGCACCAAAUUCAACAUCAAAUCAAAACCUAGCAAAUGGCAAUAAUGGUUCAGGUAUUACACAAUCAUCAGAUGUCACAGAAGUCCCAGGUCGCCCAAAUAAAAGUCUUCCUCCUUUACCACCCCGCGGUAAAAAGCCCCCACCACCUCCACCACCAGCUAAUUCAAAUGCUGGAGGUCACACCCGGAACAGGUCUGAACCUAAUGCCUCCUUCCUCAUCCACAAGCGAACCUGCUCUGAUCCGCCUCCCAGACCAGCGCCACCAGAUUUUAGAAAUACCAUAAAUAUUCCUGCAGGAGGGGUUGCUGUCUUACCUAAAGUAGGUGAUAGAGGUGAAAAACCACCUCCUAAUCCAAGACUUUCUAGAGGGACUUCUUUAGUUGAAGAUGAUUUAAAGAGUUCAAGAAGUAAAUCUAUUGACCGAAUUGAUUCCAAUGAGAUGGUGGCGCCACCUGUACCAGUACCUAGGUCCAAGGCUAAAAAAGCACCACCAAUAGGUAAACGGUGUCGGGCAUUAUAUGACUGUGAGGCUGAUAAUGAAGAUGAGUUAUCGUUUAAAGAAGGGGAGGUAAUUGUCAUUUUACGAGAAGAAGAAGAGGAGUGGUGGGAAGGUGAGAUUGAAAAAGAUCCGUCUCGGAGAGGUUUAUUCCCAGUUAGUUUUAUUAAGCUGUGUCCAGGUUGACAUUAAAGCCAUUUUAGUUCUAUAGCAAAUUAUUUAACUUUUAGAAUGAUUAACAUUGAUAUGAUCAUAUAGUUUCAUUAAAACAUCCAACAAUAGUAAAUCAACAUGCAGUAAAGAAAUUAAAUAUGUACUGGUAUGAUGCCUCAGUUACUAUGACAACUGUAAAGAAUACUAUCCUGAACUUCCUGUAUAUCAUCCAGUAGAAGUCACAGUCAUUAUUUGACAACACUUAGUCUGUCAGGCCAAAUUUAAGAAAUGAGCAAUAGGGCUGGAUUAUUGAGAUUAAUGUUCAUAUAGUAAUAUUCCUUAUUUAAAGGGAUAUCGAUAUAGUCAAAUUAUUUCAUAAAUAAAUUAUUUGAUAAAGAAAUGGUAACUUAACGUAAAUAAAAUGGAUCCGAGUCUCUUUUACAUUUGUAGCAAUAUUGUACUUACAUUUAGAUAUAUUACAGUGUACAUAGAAACAUACAAUAUUGUAUUAACAUUAAGAUAGAAUACAGUGUACAGACAAUAUUGCAUUGUAGGUGAGAUUACAAUACUGCUGUUAGAUGUUUUACAUUAUUAUCAUCAUUCCUUAAAUUGAUAUGCAAUAUGAUAUGUAAAUCUGUUUACAAUCCCAGCAUUCAUAUCAUUAUGAUCAUUGUAAUUCAUGUUAAAGCUAAAUGUUAAUUUCAAAAUUGUGGUUUCAUAUCUUUACAUAUUUUGAUGGAGUCAAGUUAUUAAAAUCAUUAACCUUACUUAAAUGACACAAUCUAAUUUGUAAUUAGACUUCGAGUCCAUUUUGAAUUUGCAUAACUCUCACAUUUAUUAAUAAGGUGUCCCAAUAUUAGUAGGCCUAGUGUGUAACACACAGCCAAACAUUGCUUUGUAAGUUUUAAUCACAAAUUUAAUAUUUAAAUAGCCAAUAUUCUUAGAAUUACAAAUAUAUAUUUUGUAUAAAAAAAAGUAUUUGCAGAAACAUCAUUUGUGUAUCCUAAUUAACUAUUUUGCUAGAUUACAACUACAUGAUAAUUUAUUACUUAUACUUUAAUAUUAUAAAUUUUGGACGUUCUUUAUAUUAAUGUAUUAUUAGAUAUUAUGAAGAUUAUUUGUUGAUCAGUUAUGCAUUCAGAUUAUGAACCAAUAAUUAAAAUUAGUUGAUCAGCUAAUUGUGCAUUUCUUGAUAUUACAUUUGUACUUCAUCACUUAGACUUGGCAUAUGUCCCAAGACAUUUCAGACAUUGAUUGAUGAAGUAUUUAUUUAUUGACAAGGUUACAUAAAUAUAAAUCAUUUUGUCCAAAGUUUUCCUGAAGACUAUUAUUUCGUUUAUAAGAAAAGUCUUUAUGAAGUGUGUAAAUCAUGAACAUUUAUGAGAAAAUUCUUAUGAAGAUGUGUAAUCAUGAAUAUUUAUGCAUCUUUUUAAGUAUGUAUGACUUUUAAAUAUUAGGAUGCACAUGAGAUUUCUCAAAGAUGGUUUAAAGAUUAGCUCUUCAUAGUAUAUCAGUUACUAAGUAUUAGGUUACUUAUCUUUUUAAGCAAUUGUUAAGAAUUGUUUUAUUUUGUUUGUGGAUCGAGUGUAACAACUGUGAUAGAGCAUAGAAAAUUUAUAUAUGGAUAGCUUACUUAAUUAGUAAAAAACAAAGUAAUAUGUCGUAAAAUGUAAGUACAGUGCUGUUAAAGGCAGAGAAUAGCUGUAUCUGUAGAAUUAAAAAAUGCACAAUAACCAUGAAAGUUGGGAAUUGAUUCUGUGUGCAACAUUUGCCAAAGUUCUGCCUGCAAUUCAUUUGUGAAUUGAGUUUAGCUGGAAAUAAAUACUUUGUAAGCUACCCAUAUAUUAAGUUCUAUAGAUAUGUGUUCAGUGUAAUCAUGUAAUUAUAGAGUAGGUUUAUAAACUACAGGUCUCGUAUUUAGGUGAAAAAUACUGGAUAUUUAAUAUUAAAUUCCAGGUGUAAUCUUGAUUGAACAGAUAUUUAUGAAUAGAGGAGCUGUAAAUUAUGAUUAUAAUGUGUAAUUUAAAUAUAACAUAUUCUAUUAAUGGUGUAUUAUCAUUAAGAAAAUAAAUGUAAAACAUUUUAUGAUAACAUAUUCAAAAUAAUGUAAGACUCUUUGAGGAAGGGGCUUACAGAAGCAUUUCUCUAAUUCCUUGAAAAUCAUAAGAAAAUUUCUAUGCUGUUUAAAUUGAAACCUGUAUAUCUAAGUUAUGAAUUACCGGUAAUCAUUUUUUGAAAUGGCUUUAUAUAGCCACAAUUAAGAUGGAAUGGUAUGCAUUUGCAUAUUAUUAAAGAUACAUUAGUCAAGAGCUAAAUCUGUUAUAUAAAUUAUUAGACCAUUAACAUUAGAAUGGUUCGACAAGUUAAUGAUUUAAUUUAAAAAUGGAGAAGCGAGGCUAAGUCUAGAAUAUACCAGUACCAUGGUUACGAUAAUAAAUAAUCAAUGCACACAUCUUGUCAAAAUUACAAACAGUGAUAACUUGGCUCAGAAUAAAGUAAUUUGAAUUAAAUUUUCAAUAUAUUCAUUUUGCAUUAUCUAUUUUUGAACUAUAAUAGCAAGAACGGACAGCUCCAAAUCUUACAUAAUGUAUCUUUAAGGGAACAGUUAGAAAUUUAUUUUGAAUUUUAACAUUGAAAUUAUUAUUUUCUCAGUUAAAAGAAAUAAGUGUUAAUGGAAAACUUCAUUGCACUUCCAUUUGUUGAAUCCCUUUAUUAUUAAUUUUAAAAGGAGACAUGCAACAUAUUUUAUAGCAAAGAAUUCCUUUAAAUAUUUGGAAUAUAUAUAAUGCAGUUAUUUGAAACAAGACAUUCUCACUAUAGUUAUAAUUUUUUUGUUAUAUAUUUUUUUCUUUUCUAGUUUUCUAAUAUAUUGUACAUAGUUUUUCCUUUUUAUUUUAAUUGGUGCUAUAUUUUUUUCUCUCAUAUUUUCUUUUUUUAAAUAGUUUUUGUGCAUAAAGUUUAAUAAUCAGUAAGCUAAAAUGGCUGUUUUUGCCCUUCUGUUUAAAGGAGAGUGUAAUUAAUGUACUGAAUGCAGACAGACAAGAUUUCAUACAGCUAAAGUUGAGAAUAUACAAUGUAUAUUUGGUACCUUGAGAUUUGAUUGUUACUUUAUGAAAAUAACCCAGACGAGAAUUAACUUUUGAACUUACUGGUAAUUAAAGUGAUAUUAUUAAAAAUAACAAUACACUCCCCGAACUAUCAAAAAUCCAAACAAAAAUAGAUUCUUGUUAAACUCCUUCAAAGCCACUAAACAAUUUGUAUGAAUUGUAAAUCACAGUCAUGGUUUGGCAAAUUGACAUAAUGGUUUGCAUGCAAUAUAAGUUAUAUUUGCUAAAGGUAGCUCGAUAGUCAAUAUUUUUCAUCGACCUGCAAAAUUGGUGAUAUUGGUUACAACAAUUUCAAUUAAUUAUAAUCUGUCUCAUAUUAGAAGCUAGUUUCAGUAAGAAAGAGAAAUUAACAGGGAUUAAAACAUCUGUGCUUAGUUUGUAGAAUUAGUAAUUUCACACCAUUCAAAAAUAUUCUGCACUUUCUUGACCAAAGAAUAUGAAGACCAAUAUUAGUGUGUGAUGCCAAAUGUAGCUAGAGAUAAUCUGUUGCUUUUUGCUGUAAACAUAUUAGUGUGUAAACUGUAUACAUGUAUAUUAUAUGAAAUUUUUAUGACCAUUAUUCUUGUAGCUAUGUAAUUUCUGUCUGUCCUGUUAAUUUGGUUUCUCUGUAGCCAUUAGCAUAAAAAAUAAGCUCAAAUUCAUGAAGUUUAGAAAAUAUCAGGAGCAAGAAACAAUUACUGGUAUAUUUAAUUUUUUUAUGGAAUCAAUCUGCUUGGAAUGAAUGGUUUGCCAAUAUUUGUUUCGUUUGCACAAUUUUUAUAGGAAGCUUUAAGCAAAUGUUUUGAAAAUUGAAAAUACUGGUACUUUAAUUUGGGAUUAAUAUUAAAUUAUCAAUUUGGUCACAUCCAUAUCAAUGUCCAUUAUUUUUUAUUAUUUACUACUUCACCAUAUCUUUAAUAUCCAUACCUCACUAUUAUCAGGGGGAUUUCUAGGUCCAGGAUCAUAAAUUAAUUUUUUAAACUCAAAAUAACUACUCAAAUUGGCGUACAAUACAGGAGCUUCAGCACAAUAUCUGACUGGAUAAACUAAUAUCAUAUACAGAAGCACAAAUUUUGGACUGGAUAAAUUAUGACAAAAGGAAAAUACUGAUAAUAUUUGGGGAGGGAGUGGUUUAUUGUGUUUGCUGUUGAUUAUAAAGCUUGCAAUUUAUGCAAGUCAUGUAUUUGAUCCCUGCUUUGUAUGUCAAACCUGAUAGGUUUUCUCUCACUUCUACAGAUCCUUGUGCGCAAGCAAAUUAUAUAGAAAAUUACUAGAAUAUGAUCAAGUUGGUGUGAAUUGAACGGACAUUAACCUCUCUCCCCUGAUACUAAUUUUGAUUUUUGAUUACAUAUUUUACACUGAAUGCUAUCAACAAGCAAAUAAAAUUUGAGUAAAACGUAAAUUUGACAAAAAAAUAUUUUAUGAUCCUGGGCAUGGACUCAGGUAAUUUAAACAAUAUCAGUCUUUUUAUAUUUAUUUCAUUCUAUCCCAUUAAUUAGAAUUAUAUUUUAAAUUGCUUAAUUUAGGAUAUUCCAUAUAAAAAUACCUGGAGGUGUGGACCUAAGGAUUCUUUCAAAAGUCCUUGCAUCUUUUGUAUCCGGUAUGUUGGAAAUAUUCUACUGAAUCUCUAUAGGGAGAGACAUUAAAAUAUAUAUGUAUUUGUUUGUAAGGCGUCUACAAAAAAUAGUGUUUCUACAUCUAUCCACCCAAGGGAAUUGUUAAUUGAAUAGCCCUAUAACUAAACUCAACAUUUAUAAUUGAUAUUUUAGUUCUCAGAAUUAUUUUUCAUUCAAUUAUUUAUAAAUAACAAACAUUCGUGGAAGUGACCAUCUUAUCCCUAAACCAAAACAAUACUAGGGUGAGAGCUUGCUGUCCAUAAAUGAGAGUUUAUUGUAUCUGUGAUGCUGAUCACUUAUAUUUAAAGGGUUAAGGCGAUUAUGAAACAUUUCUAUUUGAUUUGAAAUUAUUACAGCAAGAAUAGAAUGAACAUUUUCAUUUGUAAAUUCUCUCCUAUUUCUCUAUAUAUUAACAGAUAAUCAUAGUCACUAUGUUCAUGCUGUAAUAAUUGUAUUUAAAUAAGGAUUUGUAGUAAUAAGUCUUCUUCCAUUUCAGUGUAACCCAGGCUGCAUUGUCAGAAAUAUUUGUCUUGCUCAACUCAAGGUUUUAGGAUAUUUGUUACCCAAACUUGGCCAAAAUACAACUCCAGUACUACAUUUUUUGGACAGGGUUGGAUUACCUAAUAAUCUUAUUAUAUGAAAAUAAUUCAAAUAUUAUGAUUUGAGUUGAGUUGAGCAAAAAAAAGAGUUUCAUGAUUUUGAAGCCCAUUUAUCAUGUUUCACAGAAAAGCUCAGAUUGGUGUUUAGUCCCUAUGGACCAGUGUUCAUUGUAUAUAGUAUUAUAUAUAUAGAAUAUAGAUUAGUCUCUGUACAAAAGAAAUAAAUUCUUAAAAACUGAUAUAA